ACAAGGAAAGACGCAAGUGAAGGGAAAAUAUCAAAUUAAUACUCAUACUCUUUACAUUCUACAUCGUUGGAACCCUUACUUUCAAAACCCAGUUAGGUCAGUCCUUUAGUGUGCAAGGCAUGGUCAUUUCAGUACACAAUUUUUUUUUUUUGUCUUAGAUAAUUAGAUAUCUUUUUUGUGUAGUAGGUACAAGUGUUUGUUCACAUGUCUUGAAGAAAACUCUUAACAUGUAGGAGGGAGGGUGUUGUACAUGUCAUUCGAUAGACAAUUUCACAAAUCGUGGGAUAACGCAAGCGAUGAGAGCGCAUGACGACAAUCACAAAGCACAUAAUCUCCUAAAGCAUUCACAUCAACCCCCGGUAUGCAAUUGUCGAAUGAUAGUGAGAGUACCCCCCUCAAAAAUGACUUGAUAAAGAUCAAGUCAGGCAACAAACAAUAAAAGUCUCACGAUCUGCAGAUAACUCAAUAGAUUUGGGCCGAAGAUGUAGUCAUGUUGCCGAGUUUUUUAAGGCUCGGUGUGUUUCAGAGUUGAGGGGAAAAUAAAGAAGAGGAAAACUGGUGAACAAGUAGUUGAUCUAGUGAUACUAUCCUUAGUUUUGAAUUUGAGAUUUGAUAUUCGAAUUCUUUAAAUAGCAUCCAACACAAAAUUACUUGUAAACUUAUAUCACCCUUGAAAAAACAAAAAAAAACAAAAAUAAAAAGGAAAACCCUGCUCCUUCGGAAUUGGAAGGACUGGAUCCAAGACUCUAUUUCUUGGGCCCAUAUGACUUGAACCGGUUUGGGCUAUCAUUAUCACCACGGCCCAAACCCAAUUUCCUAAGUCCUAACACAAUCAGGAUUUCCAAACCUCUGAAGGUUGUAAUACAGACAUGCUACAUUGCAGCUCUAGCAUUUCUCAGUCAAAAACUCACAUCAAUCCAAUGUUUAUGUUACCAUUAUUUGUUAUAUUUGUUAGAUGCUAUCAUUUGUUUGAGCUGAUUGUCUCGUCCUGUUUUUUGAAGGAUAAAUUCGUGACAAAUUUUCUUAUUUGUCACAAGCGUUAUACAAGACAACUUUAAUGGCUAACGUAUGAUGGUCUUUUGGAAUUUCCAAAAUCCAUAUUGAUUCAUAAUACAAGUUAGGAGGGAUAUGUUACGGUUACCUUACUUUUUACAAUAAAACACAAUUUCCCUUGUUUGGCGCUCGUAAUUACACCAAUUAUGUACUCACCAGAAGAGAUUCUUCUGCUAAUGAUGUUGCUUCUCCUUAAAAAGGUUCAGUGUUCAGAAGCAACAAGGCAGGGGAAAUCCUUUUCUUUAAAUGCACAAUCUUACCACAUAUGUACCGUUUGUUUGGUGGUCCUAACUCCUAAGUCCUAACAAUAACGAACAUUAGAAACCGUAACCCGAUUCGUUGUUUGCUACGUAAAUAGAAAAAUGUUAACCCUUUCAACCUUGAAGGCCAACCAAUGUCUGGUCAAGAAAACCACAAUUCCAAAUUCAAAGUAUCAGCAGCCAGCCACGAAAUAUUAAACAUAUUUUUUGAAAGAAAAGGCAUCCAACGGGAGAUGGAUAUAAAGUAUAAACUACACAACUACCAGUACGAAAUUGCUAUUUUUUGCUUCUGCUGCAAACAGACAAAUCCGCGCUCUUUAUAACGAUUUCCGCCAGCCACACUUCUCGCCGGCCGUCUCCCCCAUCAUCUCCACAGUCUCUUGUCCGCUGCGCAUCAUUGUUGUAGCCAUGGCUAUCUCGCUCCAGUUCUCUCGGCUCUCACUCCGCGCCGACGGAUUCAUCACGGAGAAUCGCCCAGCCGUUUUCAGCAGCCGGCGGCGCGGGAAGCCUGCUUCCGUCCGAUGCUCCGGAGACGAAUCGGGAUCCUUGGCUGUGGAUUCCGAAUUCGACUCCAAGGCGUUCAGGCACAACUUGACCAGGAGCAAGAACUAUAAUCGGAGAGGGUUCGGGCACAAGGAGGAGACUCUCGAGCUCAUGAGCCAAGAGUACACCAGCGACAUCAUCAAGACUCUGAAGGAGAACGGGAACGAGUAUACAUGGGGGAAUGUUAAUGUGAAGUUGGCUGAAGCGUAUGGGUUUUGCUGGGGGGUUGAGCGGGCUGUCCAGAUUGCCUAUGAAGCUAGGAAGCAGUUCCCUGAGGAGAAGAUCUGGCUCACCAAUGAGAUCAUUCACAAUCCAACUGUUAAUAAGCGGUUGGAGGAUAUGCAGGUCGAGAACAUUCCGAUUGAGGGAGGGCUGAAACAGUUUGAAGUUGUGAACAAGGGGGAUGUGGUGAUUUUGCCUGCUUUUGGGGCUGCUGUUGAUGAGAUGUUGACCCUCAGCGACAAGAAUGUGCAAAUCGUCGAUACGACUUGCCCUUGGGUGUCUAAGGUGUGGAACACUGUUGAGAAACAUAAGAAGGGAGAGUAUACUUCAAUUAUUCAUGGUAAAUAUUCUCAUGAGGAGACCGUAGCAACUGCCUCUUUCGCUGGAAAGUACAUCAUUGUGAAGAAUAUGACCGAGGCAAUGUACGUAUUUGACUAUGUUCUUGGAGGAAAACUCGAUGGAUCUAGCUCAACCAAAGAGGAGUUUCUAGAGAAAUUUAAGUAUGCUGUGUCUGAGGGAUUUGAUCCAGAUAGAGAUCUUGUCAAAGUUGGUGUUGCAAAUCAAACUACAAUGCUUAAGGGAGAAACUGAAGAAAUUGGAAAAUUGGCUGAGAGGACCAUGAUGCAGAAGUACGGAGUUGAAAAUGUCAAUGAUCACUUCAUAAGCUUCAACACUAUUUGUGAUGCUACUCAGGAGAGACAAGAUGCUAUGUUCAAAUUGGUGGAGGAAAAGUUGGACCUUAUUCUAGUUGUUGGCGGGUGGAACUCGAGCAACACAUCGCAUCUUCAAGAAAUUGCUGAGCUCCGCGGGAUCCCUUCAUACUGGAUCGACACUGAACAGAGAAUAGGCCCAGGCAACAAGAUAGCCUUCAAGUUAAACCAUGGGGAAUUGGUUGAGAAAGACAACUUUCUACCAGAAGGACCAAUUACCAUCGGCAUAACCUCAGGUGCUUCCACCCCAGAUAAGGUGGUAGAGGAUGCUCUUAAGAAGGUUUUCGAGAUCAAGCGCCAGGAAGUCCUGCAGAUGGCGUAGAUUUAGACGCUUCAGUGUAAAUAGAUUAUCUGCAUAAUCAGAACACGAGUUGAUUUCAUUAGCAAUUUGUUGUAUCAGUUAGUAGCAUAAAGGUUGGGAAGGGUUGUAUGGUGUAACGUGAAACCACUCUGAGCUUACGAUAUUAAAAUAAUUGAAAGAAUGAUUGUGUCGUGGAAAAUGUCCAGAAAUUUGCGAGUCGAAGCCAAGGGGUUGGAGCUGCAGUGAACGAUUUAUGGUAAUAUUGAGAGUAAACACACUUUCUAAAAUUCACUUUGGCCAAUUUGUCGCCUGAACCUUGAACUGAGCAAACAGGGCAUUCUCUCCAGGCAACUUUGUGUUCGAAGACCCGGUUCUUUCCUUCGACUGGAAUGAAUUUUACGCAGUAAUUCAUGCACGAGUUACAACCACAAGAUGUAACUUCCUCCUAGCAUAUAAACAUAAACCUAGAAAAGAGGA